AUGUGCUCUAUAGAUUAAUGAAUAAAUAAAAAUCUAUUUCUUUCUUUAUGGAAUAUAUUUUUCUUAAAAAUUAUUUAAGCGUAUUCACAAAUGAAGUUUAUAGAAAAAUGUCUUAACUAACGUCAUGUUCAGCGAAACAACUGAUAAUUUAUUGCUCCAAAAUUCAAAAAAUCAGCUUCAACGAGAGUCGCACAUAGUGACAAUUGAUGCCGUCGAAGAUAGCAAGGAGUUGAUCGAGACUGUGACAGAUAGAGUUCUAGAACAUGCGAUUGAUAUUUUUUUAGAAGACAAAUUGAAUGAAAUUAUGGCUGACUAUGCUGAUAUUGUGGAAAAAGCUAGAACAGCUUAUAAUAGUAAUCAAACAAAAUCUUUACACAUAAGAAAACAUAAUUUGAGACAACUUCUAAAACUUUUGAAUGAAAAUGGCUCAGACUUCGAAAUAGCAUUGGCAUCAGACUUAAAAAAAUGUAAACACGAAGCUGUUAUAUUUGAAAUUGAUUUUUUGAAAAAUGAUAUCAUAAAUGCUUUGGAUUCAGUUGAUUCAUGGAUGAAAGAAGAACAUCCUGACAAACCUUUGUUAAAUAUUUUGGAUGAAAUUCUAAUACAUAAAGAUCCUUAUGGAGUUGUGCUGGUAAUGGGUGCUUGGAAUUAUCCAUUGCAACUAACAUUGUUACCUGCAAUUGGUGCAAUAGCAGCCGGUAACAGUGUAGUCAUUAAACCUUCAGAAAUGGCCCCAGCUACUGGAAAACUAAUUGCUGAACUUAUACCUAAGUAUCUCAAUAAAGACGCUUUUCCAGUUAUUCUUGGUGGAGUAGAAGAGACUACCCAAUUGCUCAAACAGAGAUUUGAUUAUAUAUUUUAUACAGGUUCAACAGUUGUUGGAAAAAUUGUAAGAGCUGCUGCAAAUGAAUUUUUAACCCCUGUUACAUUGGAAUUAGGUGGAAAAAGUCCUUUAUAUAUUGAUGGAUCAGUGAAUAUGGAUAUUGCUGUCAAAAGAAUAAUGUGGGGAAAAUGCAUUAAUGCUGGCCAGACAUGUAUUGCACCAGAUUAUAUUUUAUGUACUAAACAAGUUCAAAAUCAAUUAGUUGACAAAAUAAAAAGUACUCUGAAAACUUGGUUUACUGAAAAUCCUAAAGAUUCUCCUGAUUUUUGUAGAAUUGUUUCUGAGAAACAUUUUAAGAGAUUAUUGGAUCUGAUGAAUACAAGUGGGACAAUUAUAGUUGGCGGUCGUCAUGAUCAAAAUGAGCUAUUUAUUGAACCAACAGUUCUAACUGAUGUGAAACCAUCAGAUCCCAUAAUGAAAGAAGAAAUUUUUGGACCAAUAUUACCUAUAUUGAAUGUUGAUAAUGCAUAUGAUGCAAUUAAUUUCAUAAACAGCAGAAAUCAUAGUCCAUUGGCUUUGUACAUUUUUUCAAAAACUAAAGACAUUAUUGAAAAUAUAAUAAAAAAUGUGAGUGCUGGUGGUAUUUGUGUCAAUGAUACUAUUGUACACGUUUCUGUUGAGAAUUUACCAUUCGGAGGAGUUGGUCAGAGUGGAAUGGGAGCUUAUCAUGGAAAACAUUCAUUUGAUACAUUCACCCAUCGUAAAAGUGUAUUAAUCAAAGAUUACAAUGUAAUUGGAGAAACAAUUUCUUCAGUGAAAUACCCACCAUAUUCAGAAAAGAAACUAAGUAUGUUAGCUUUUCUGUUGAGAAAAAAACCACACAUAAACUUCAAAUUUGUGCCGUAUAUUUUAAUGUUUGGUUUAGGCAUUUGUACACCUUUUAUAUACAAGUAUUUAAAUGAGAUUGGCGAAAAGGAUGCAAAAUAAAAUUAUUUUAAUGAGUACUAUCAUCAAAGAAAUCAAAGGUUAUUGAUUAUUAUUAGUUACAUUAUCAUAGUUAUAUUUACUACUUGGUUGUUAUAUACACAGUAAGAUAUACAAUAUAUAUAUUUAAUUUUAAUUGUAUAAUUAAAUAAGUUCAUAAAAAUAUAAUUAUAAUUGGGUUUUAAGUUUUUUUUUUUAAUUUACUAGACCGAGUUAUUAAUCAAAAAUAUUGUUAAAAAUUGUUAUUGUAAUAUUUUUUUAAUUCAAAACACAGGGUUAAUACUUUAUGCAAGUUAAAUAUAAAAUUAAUUAUACAAAAUCUUUUAUAGGUUAUUUAUACUAUAAUUAUGAAUUAUAAAAAUAGAUAAUUCUAAUUAUCAAUAAUUGUAUGUGAUAUUUAUACAAUAAAUAGUUAUUAAUUUUA